GGACCCUUGGAAGUGAAUGCAGACAUGGAUGCUGUCGCAUCGGCUUUAGGGGCUAGUCAUCAGGUGUUCCGCUGCAUAUGCAAGCCGCAGUAUUAUGGAUCGCGAUGUGACAAGCUAUUCCGUGGAGCCAGCGUAAACAGGCGAAGCACGAGUUGGAAGAAUAGCGGAAGGACAAUGAAGCCAGAACCAUCUUUGUACACUGUGUUCUCAGGGAUGGAGAGUAUGGUGGGUGGGAAGCGACAACUCACGACCAGGAACCUGGCGCCGCAUUCACGAGACCCUCAACCUAGAAGACGUCAUGGCGCAAUCGAUCUCGAGGCUGCGCAGAUCUCCAAUUUACGAAGCUUGGGGCCCGGGAAAUGUGACAGUGGUGUUUCAAUCCAAACAAUGGGCAACAAGGGCACUGGAGUGCUGGUAUGCAUGUCGCGGAAGUCUCUUUUCCGACCUCCGGAGCAAAGCAGUAUUCCUUAUGCAGACACACUACGGCAGCGAUUUAAUUGAGACAAUUUCUGACAACGGUUCGGAUAACAUCAGUCGUCUAGCUGAAGAAACCGGCGAACACACCCAUUUGUUAUUUGCAUAGACAAGGAGGGGCCGAGAAAAAGGACAUCGGCACGGUCCCACCCUGAAACACGAUUAGUGACCGACUUGUCACCGGUCGGCAAGACAUUACACCCAAAACACACGUCCAACGAUUCACUACUGAGAUCAGAAAAAUAUUCUUGUCUGUACACC